GUUUCAGAUUCUGCCUGUUUUCACAAUGAAAUGGUAGAUAACCUCUAAUGUUCUUAGUUCCUCCUUUCUAAGCCAGUUCCAUACAUUGUAUGGUUUGCUUGCUCCUAUUUUGUUAAUUUUUUUUCUUUUUUAAGAUUUAACGUGCCGUCAACCGAACUUUCGUUGUAGGUUAUUUGACAUCUCCCUAUUUCGUUAAGGGGUUAUACUACCCCACCGUGCUGAAAAAUGAGGUUUUUUUAUGAAUUUUUUUCUCCACUACUAAUAAAGCAAUCAAACUAAAGUUUACAGGGUUUAUUAUAUGUUUUAAGAUAUAAAAAAAAAUUUUUUUUUAAUUUAAAGUACAAAAUGGCAUCGUGGCAAUAAGUUACUUAAGAACGCUUUUUUUUCGAAGAGAUAAACGGCGUGCAGGGUAGCAAUGUUCAUACAGCAUCUACAGGGAUAUAAAAAAUUUUUUUAUAUUCUAUAUUAGUGUUUCUUUGGAAGUACCAACGAUUAUUAAAAAAUAUUUAUUUUUACAAAUUUGGCAUGCAUUUAAAAACAAAAAUUACUUUUUUCGAUGAAAAACUGAUUUUAAAUCGUUUAUAAAAAAUGUAAUUAUUUAUUGAUCGUAAAAAUCAUUGGUACUUCGAUAGAUAAUCUAUCUAAGAAGCUACAGUUCAAAUUUCAAGUCAAUCGAAUAUAAAUUGCCCGAGUUAUGCUGCACGCCAAUUUGAAAAACAUGGUUCUGAGAUAAUCGCGUUUCAAAACAUGUUUACUAUAUGAAAAAUUGAAAAUAUCGGCUUGCUGAUUUUUUUACCUUCACUUUGCUAUCUCAGGACCGUAAAACAUUUCUUCCAAGCCUAAAUAUUGCUCUUCAGUCUCCUUUUUAAGCGAUGUAAGGUCCUUCCGCGCGUUUUUCUGUUUAUUGAUGCUGAGCAGUUUGCAGUUUGAACGCGCUGUUCAUCGAUUUCUAUACAAUAAUUAUAAAAUUCGUGGCUAAUCUUUAGUUUAAGUGUACUCAUUAUAGCAAGUAAUUCUUGAAAACUAUUAUUAUAAGUGAUUGCAGCAACGUUAGUCGCUAUAUCAAUAACAGUUUUGCCGCUUGAUACCGAUUUCGGCGCUACUUCCAAACGACGGCGUUUAAACUUUCAUUCGCAUUUAAUUAACACUUAAUUUGAGAAAGUAUAACUUACUUCUACCUAUAUAAAAAUACCGACUUGACUACAACGCUUCAAAAUGCUGCGCGUGACGGAGUGACAUUUUUAAACAUUUCAAAGCGCUCGGCGGCGCUUCGGAAAAUAAGUAAAAAUUUUUGUAAGAUUUCCCACUUAUAAUUAUGCUGAAAUAUCAUUUUUAGAUAGUUUAUGCAUCAUUUAAGCCAAUAAAAAAAAAAACGGAAAAAAAAUUUUUUGCUGAGUAGUAUAACCCCUUAAGGUCCUAUGUUAGGUUCAUGUUCGAUCUUAAGUAGUCAUAGAUUGUGCAGUUAAAGAUGGUUGACACUUUCAUAGUCUUCUCCACACUGGCAUCUGGCGGAGGAAAUGUAUCCUUUUCUGGCCAGGCUACUGUUCAGAUUAAAAUGGUUGGCUCUCAGUCGGUUGUACAGUACUACCUUCUUGAUAUGUUAGUGCCUUUAAACCACGGUACUCUUUCCUGUUCUUUAUAGAAAUUUUGGAAAUAGAACUUUCCUGUAGCCAGUGCUUGUUUCUCGAGUUCCUUAUUAUUUUUGAGGUAGAUUUCUUCUUUAUGUAUGCUUCGGAAGUCUUUUCCUGGUAUCUUUAAUUCUGGGCUGUGUUCUUCUUUGGUUGCUUCUUUGGCCAGUUUAUCUGCUUCUUUGUUACCCCAGAUGCCCUUGUGCGCGGGUAUCCAGCAGAUUAUUAUCCUCCUGUUGUCUUUGUGUGUCAUUUGAUAGUACCAGUGGGCGUGUUGCUCGCUCGCUGUUAAGUCGUGCGCAGAGGAAUAUGGUCGGUUCGAAGAUAAGUACGCUGGUUUCCCUUAAAUAAAUAGUUUAUUCUUUAUGUACACUGUACAGAGUUUUAUGUUUGUGUUAUUUUAUUGGCCCUGACAAGGGUCGCUUGUGUGUGGAGUCUUAAGCCAGGCACGGUUUCCACGCUAUCGGCGGGUGAGCCUUCGUCACCCGGACUCUGCCUAGGUUGUUGUUCUCGUCCAGGGAUAGUGUGGACGUUAUCUCCGGAACCUAGGAACUGUCUGUUAUUUUCUUCUUCUGGGAUGAGCGUCUUUUCUUCUUCUUGGCGGCUGCUUUUCCCUGCGAAGGCGUCCUUUAGAUGCAUCGCGGGGUUGGCCACUUUUCGUUGGUUUCCCGGGUUGAUCAGUACCGUUGGCCGAGCUGCCUUCGUGCUGGGUACCGUAGUCCCUGGUUGCUGGCCGUGCGGCGGUCUGCAUCGCCCGGGUCUUCUGGGUAGUGUCUUCCUCGGUCUGCGUAGCUCGGGUAGUGGUCUCCUUCACUAGGCUCUCCAAAAGGUCCGGUAGCAGAUACCUGGGCGAUGUGUAGCGCCAAAUCCGCGGAUCGUCGGCGGCCAAUAGCACUCUCGGAGGCCUGGUCCGUUUCGGUGGUGAGACUACUGCGGUCGCGGGGUUCCAUGGCGGCUCCUUGGCUGCCAGUGUGCUCGCUAUUAUAAUAUACGAGAGACCGGCUAAUGUCUUCGUAUGUAAAAAGAAGACUCGAGUGCGAGUAACGCAAAGAGUAAUCUGUCCGUCUUCUCGCGCUCCUUAUAUUGCCUAGAAGUCGUCAUUUUACUCCUGAGAUAACGUGGCCUCUGGUAGUAUCCGCGCGCACUUCUUCUUUCCAUUACUGCUAUGCUUACAGCGUUAGUCGAGUUGUGCGGUGGCUAGGCGCUAGCCUAUUGCUUACAGUGCGUGUUGGUUGCAUAGUUGCUAGGCGUUUUGAGUGGCGACUAACCGUUUUUGUGUCGCCACAGUACCAGUGUCUGAUUUCAAGAAUAUAGUUAUUAUGGUUUGUAGAGACUUUGUUAUUAUUUAGAGCUGUAAUGGUGCUUUUGCUAUCUAUUAAGAUAACGAUGUACUUGUUGUUGGUGUGUCGGAGAGUCCAUUUCAUGGCUUUAGCGAUUGCACAUGCUUCUGCAGUGAAAACGCUGCUUAUUGUGUUUAAAUUCAUGUAGAAGCCUUGCUCUAGAUUUUCAAUAAUAAAAGCGCUGCCUACUGAUGCUUUGUUUUCUCCUUUUGAUCCAUCCGUGAAGAUCCAUAGUGUGUCUUCUUUAAGUUUGUAUUGUUUAGUUAUAGCACUGAUGAUGUCCUGUUCGUUUAUCUUUCUGUAUUAUAUUGUCCAAUGUUUGAGUUUGUGGCGAUUUCUUCAGUUAAUUCCCAGUAAUCCAUGUUGAAAAUCAUGUCAUUUAUAUUGAUUGCUGCUGUUACUCGUUGUUUUUUAAUCGUAUCUCACACCUUUGUAAUAAUACUUUUUUUUUUCUAUGGCGUGAGAGCUCUACUUAUGUGUUCUUUUUUGAGAUAAGUCUUGGAGUAGGUCAAAUGUACUUUUAUCCGAUGUGUUGAUUUUUUUCAUUAAGUUAUUACUGGCAAGAAAUUUUGCGCGGUAUUUUAAGAACAUUAGCUUUGUUUCCGCGAGUAAUACGUUGGUUAGAGUACUAUUUCGAUACCCCAUAGCUGUUCUGAUGCCAAUGUAUUGGGUUUUUUCCAGUUUGUGAAUUGCUUUGAAGUUAUUAGUAGGGAAAUAGACUGGUAAGUCGUAAUCUGUGAUGGAUUUCACUAGGCUUUUAUACAUUAACAGGGCUGUAUUGACUUCCAUCCCUCUUGUAACCUUGUUGGCAUAAUUUAGAAUUCCAUUAGUCUUUAUAGCUCUUUCUUUAACAGUGUUACAUUGUUUCUCGAAUCCUAAUUUUGGGUCUAGCUAUAUGCCGAGGAAUUUUGUUUCCAUGCUUAGGUAGAUCUGGUCCUGUAGCAAGUCUACUUUGAUGCUUUUAUUGACUCUGCCUUCUUUAUUGAAUUCCAUGAUUUUUGUCUUUGUAGGUUGUAUCUGUAAUCCUAAGUGGUCUAAUUCUUCUUGGAUGUUCUCCAGAGCACUUUCAAUUAGAGUUUUUUUGUUGUUUAGGUGCAUUGUUCUACAGUAAAUUGCAAUGUCGUCAGCGAACUUUAUUUGUUGAACUUCUUUUGGGAUGUUGUCUGUAAUUUUGUUGGUGUAUAUGUUGUAAAGUAAUGGGCUUAAUACCGCUCCUUGCGGCAGGCCUUUAUGCAGUAUUCUCUUUAUUACAUUACCCUCUCCCGUUAUGUAGUCAACUUGUCUGUAGAACAUCCAAUUGUUUACUGCGUUAUUUUACUGGGGCAUCCUAUUUUUACCAAUUUGUUUAUAAGCACAUCGUAUAGAACGUUAUCAUAAGCAGAAGAUAUAUUGAUGAAGGCACCCAACGUGUUUUGGCGAUUGUGAAAACCCGUUCUAAUGUAGGAGAUAAUACUAAUUAAAUUGUCGAGGCACGAUCUACCUCUUCUGAAACCAGCUUGAUUUUUAUUGAAGACUUUAUUUUUUUCCGCCCACCAAUUGAGUCUCUCGUUAAUAACUCGUUCGUAGAUUUUGCCGAAGCAAGACGAUAGUGAGAUGGGUCUGACACUUUCUUUAUUUGCUUUAUCAAUAAAUAAUACUUGAUACUCCUUCCAUUGUUCCGGGGUUGUGGCUGUAUUGCAGAAUGUGUUAAAUAUUUUGAAUAAUAUCCAUGUACUCUUCUGGCAGUUCCUGUAUCAUUUUGUAAUCUAUUUGGUCUUUGCCGGAGGCCGAGACUUUUCAGAUAUAUCCGAUGGCUCUCUUGAUUUCAUGUAGAGUAAUUGGAGCAUUUAAGGGAUGUGUCUGGUCUUCGGGUAAUUGUGCUAUAAUGGUUUUACUGGGACCCAGGAAGUGUGCCUCCUAUGCCAUUGGAAGAUCAAAACAAUUCCUGGAAGGACAACAGUAGCGAUACUGAUAUUAAUGAUGCAACAAACGUAAAGUCUCCUGAAUAUGUAACAUCUAAUUUUUUAAGACACAGUAUAUCUGGUUCAACACAAGCUAGCCAUAAAUUAACUUGCAAACGUAGGAAACGAAAAGACUAUGAACCAGAAAUCAUGAUUUCUUCAGGUAUAUUGUCUAAAAGGACCAGAAUAAUUUCAAGAAAAGAUAAAUUACAGAUAGAGAAAGCACAAGGACAAAAAACACAAACAAAUAAGAUACAAAGGAAGAAAACGUUAAAAGACAAGUUUAAGUCUAGCCGCGUGUGCAAUGGACAGAUAUCAAAUAUCACAAAAUUUGAAGUUACAGAUAAUUUGAAAGAUACCUUAUAUAAGAACGAUUUUAAGCGUACGGCAAAUUAUCAACAAAUUAUUAAACCGUGUUCUGUUAAAUUAAAUAUUUACACUGUUCAGAAUUACAUGUUAAAUCGCGAAAAGCUCGCGGAAAGUAAGCAAGACGUAUCACGCAAUACAAAAUUCUUGUAUACAAAUACUUUACAGACUAAUAGAGAUAUUUCUCAAAUACAGAAUACUAUUUCGCGAUUAAUUUUGACUGAUUUGGGAAACUUUAAACAUAAGUCAAUCAAACAAUGUUCUGUGGCAUUAAACGAUAAUAAUGUUAAAGAUUGGUAUGUCUUAAAUAACAAAGAAAACAUGGACAUAAAAGAUAAAUCUAUCGACAUAAGAGAUAAAUCAAGUCUGUCAUAUUUAAUUUUCCAUAAUUCAUCUGAAGCCAUUUCAAAUUAUAGUAAAAGCAUAGAACAUGUGCCAAAUAAUAUUAGAAAGAACAGAAAUCUAAUGAAAGAUUGUUUUGUAAGAUUGGAAAGAUUAAGAACAACAGACUUUGUGGAAGAAAGUAAUGCAGUGUUUAACAAAAAAGAACAGAACAUAGUUUCUAGCACUCCUAUCGGUUCACGAGUCAAACCUUCUACCUGUUUAGUAAUAUUUUCUCCUAUUAAUUCUAAUAUUAAUGACAAGUUUCAUUGGAAUCAGAAAUAUUCAUUAACGACUGCAAAAGAAAAUAUUUUUAAUAUUGAUCAAAGAGAUUGUUAUUCUUCUGUAGAUAAAACACAAAUCCAAGUUUUAUUGUCACAAAAAUCACGAGAUGUGUCUAUGAAUUCCAUUGUUAAGAACGGAAUAAGUUACGAGGAUGAUAUUUACAUGGCUCAAAAAUUGGAAAUUCCACAUUCUUUAAAUAUGUUUACUGCAUGUAGUGCAAAUCAAUCACAAUCAUUAUUUGGUAAUACAAUGUAUAAUAACUUAACGAAAGAUACAGAUGAAGAUAAUGUAGUAAAGAAGAAUUUUUCAGAUAAAUUUGUAAAAAUGGACUUAGUAGAUUUAUCCACUGAUUUACAUUUAAAACGAGAAUACUUAUUGAAUAGUAAAGCGUUAAGUAAUACAAGAGAAAUUUCAAAAGAAUUACUGAAAAAUAAACAUUUACAGAACUAUAAUACAGCAAAAAAUAUUGUAAAAGCGAAAAAAAAUAAAAAUGAAACUAUUAACAUUAAUAGAUACAGUUUUUACGGUGAAGGUCAAGAUAACGUUAACAACGUUGACGCUCGUGUGCUGCUCACACGAUUGCAGGACUCAGUUAGAAUAGGGAAGAGGACGCAAUAUCCAAAGUGGCAUCUAAGUAUGUCGAAUGUUUCUAAUAACAAGGCCACACAAUCGGAUGACGAGAUACUUUGCGCUGUCACGACUGAUAAAGACUCUUCUGUUGUUGAAUAUGACUCCAAAAACUCUAGAAAUACAAACAAGUUUUCACUCGAUUGCUUUGAAUUAUUCAAUGGCACAACUCGACAGCAUAAUGAUUCAAAUAGACAAAUGGAGAAGUCUGUCUUUUUAAAACCAGGAAAGAGUUGGGCCAGAUCUUUAUCUAUAUUAAGUAAUGUAAAUGAUGAAGAUGAUUUGGACAAAUUGAGUGUUGGAAAAGGAAAAAAGUGGAGGCGUAGCGUCAGAAAUAUAUUAAAUAUGCAAAAACAAGGAAUUUUCCAAAGUUGCUUGAAAGAAGACAGAAAUGAUACAGAUCUAUCUAGAUUUAGUGCAUCAAAUGUAUCAUUGUUCAACAAUAAUAGGUGUAAAGAGUUUAACUUAGCAAAUCAUGCUAGAUUUUCUAAAAGAGUUUCGAUGAGAGUUGUGCCUAAUAAUACAAGCAUCCAAUGCGAUGUUGAAGACACUCCAUUUCUUGAGGCAUUUGGAAUAACAGCGAAAAAAUCUCUGCAAUUGAAACUAUUACACCAGGAGGAUUCAUUGAUACAUGAUGAUCGAAUCAGCAGCCAUUUCACAACCGCGAGAGACGUUGUCUUACAAAGAUGUUCGCAAAAAUGUUACAUGUCUUUUGCAGAGUGUUUUCCAGAUUCGUAUUUGGAGCAUUGUCAUAAAAUAGGCGAAGGUGUUUAUGGAGAAGUUUUUCUUUAUGAAUGCAAUGAUAAAAAAUCCGUUAUAAAAAUUAUUCCUAUUGAAAACGACAAGUUGGUCAACGGUGAGCCACAGAAAAAGUUUAGUGAAAUAUUGUCAGAAAUUGUGAUAGCGAAAGAAUUGGAUAAUCUGAGAUUAAAUAUUACACACAGAACUAAUGGAUUUGUAGAAGUUAAAAAUGUCAGCUGUAUUAUAGGAAAAUAUCCAGAGAAGCUCAUAGAACUUUGGAAUAUUUAUGAUAAUGACAAAACAUCUGACAAUGAUUGUCCGACGAUGUUCAGUGAAAAUCAGUUAUAUAUCGCUCUUGAACUUGGUCAUGGCGGAGAAGACCUCGAAGCUUUCGUUUUCCAAACUGGAGAAGAGGCUCAUGCUCUAUUUUUACAGACAGCACUAACGUUAGCCGUUGCAGAAAAGGCACUUGAAUUUGAACACAGAGAUCUGCAUUGGGGUAAUAUAUUAAUAUCGAGAACAAAGGAGCCAUAUAUAUAUUAUAGUCUCGAUGAAAAAGAAAUCAAGUUUCCCAGCAAAGGUAUAAAGGUGUCUAUAAUAGAUUUUACGCUGUCGAGGAUGUUGUAUCAAGGGUGCUGCAUAUACAAUGAUCUCUCUUUGGAUCCAGCUUUAUUUACUGCCCAUGGCGAAUAUCAGUUUGAGAUUUAUCGUCUUAUGCGUGACAAACUUCAGAAUAAUUGGCAAAAAUUUGAACCAUAUACGAACGUCCUGUGGUUGCAUUAUGUUUUGGAUAAAAUGAUUAUGGCGGUAAGGUAUAAGAAGAAGAAUUUGAAAAUACAUAAACAGGCUCUUAUUAGAUUAAAAGAAUUGAAAAAUACGAUAUUAAACUACGACAGUGCUUACGACUUUGUAAUCAAUUCUAAUAGUAUUGUGUAUUAAUGAUGCAAGCUCAUGUUGGACAAAAUGUUUUGAUAAUAAAUCAUACUGUGUAAAAUUCUCUAGAUAUUCUAUUUAGCAAGUAUAAUUAUAAGAAUAUAUGAUUAUUAAAUUAUUACAAUAUUACAGUAAUAAAAUAGUGAUAUAUGUAUGAUACUCAUUUAAUAUUUCUUAAUAUUUAAUAUGUUGUAGUAUAAUUAUUUAUGAUUAAAACUUACAUUUUGUUUCUUUCUCUCUUCCAAAUAUAUUUUUUCUGUAACAUAAAAUUAUAAAAUAAAUUUUCCUGUAUUAUGUCACUGCGCCAUUUGUUGAAUAUCACUAAUGAAUCAUUGUUUAGAAAAUAUAUUAAAAUAAUAAACA